UAGUUUAAUAAGAACUGUCAAUAUUCUUCAAUUUUAAAUUAGAUGCAAUACUUAAUUACUGUAUUAUAAAUAAAUUUAGACGCGCGCGCGCGUGUGUGUGUGUGUGUAUAUAUAUAUUAAAUAAAUAAAAUUAAAAUGAAUUUUUUUGAAUAAAUAUGCAUCUUGCUUCCUAAGUACAGUUUUGAUUCAUGGUUAUAUUAUAUUAUAGGUUAUAUUAUAUCAAUAAUAUUUAUAUAAUCUUUAGCCUUGAACCUUUAAACUGAACUCAAAUUAUUAUUUUACUUCAUGUUUUUUUUCUUAAAAUCAGUAUUAUCUUUUUAAGAUAUCAAUAUAAAUAGGUUGUUGCAAGUGAACAGUUUCCAUAUGUCUUAUAUAUCAUUUAAAUACAAUGUCUCUUUACGAAAAUAUAAAAGAAAAUUUAACAACUCAAAUAUACGAAUUAGAAGCAUUACAAUCGGUUUAUCCAGAAGAAUUAGUAAUCGCAGAUCAAGGAAUUUUAGCUGACAUUAAUAAUUUUAUUGAAUUUCCUCAAGAACUUCCGCAAAGAUUGGAAUAUUCUAUAAAAAUUUCUGAGAACGAAGCAACGAUUGAACUUCAAGUAUGUCUGCCGACUAAUUAUCCGCAAGAGAAACCUGAAGUUUAUGCUAGAACUCCUUCGCUAGAUCGAACACAACAAUUACUUUUAAAUGAAGCAUUAGCAAGUUUUUUAAAUAAGAAUGAAAAUGGUGAUCCUUGUAUAUAUUCGCUGAUAUCAUGGUUACAAGAUAACAUAGAGAAAUAUCUCAAAAAUUCGAAAGUCAAUAAAGAAAGUAAUAAUGAAAAUGAAAAGAAAGAAUAUGAGCAACCUGGUGAAUUAAGUUUUGCUAGAUAUUGGAUUUAUAGUCAUCACAUAUAUAGUAAACUUAAAAGACGAGAUAUAAUUAAUUUAGCGAAAGAACAUUCUCUCACUGGAUUUUGUUUACCUGGCAAACCAGGAAUUAUUUGUAUAGAAGGUACAAAAACGGAUUGUGAAUUGUGGUGGCAAAAGAUAAAAGUUAUGAAUUGGCAUAAAAUUCUCAUUAAAUUAAUAGAAGAUGAGAUCUUAAAUGAUGAAAAAAAUAUAAACUCCAUGCGUAAAUAUCCUAACUUUCAAGAAAUAUCUUUUCCUAGUUCAGAUCGUCAUAAUGAUAUGGGACAAUUACUUACAUAUUUAACCGACCAUCAAUCUCAGCAUGUUUUUAAUGAAAUUUUUGGUAUCAAAGGCAAAUUUACCCAUUAAAGUAAUCAUUUAAAAUAUCUUAAUCUAUCUUCUUAAGUUAAUAUAUAUAUAUAUUAAGACAAACAAACAAUAUUUCUAUAACAUACCGACAGCAUUGUUGAAUGAAUCAUGUCUUUUAUGACGAUUAAUUGGAUUACUUGCAUUUUCAAUAUACGAAUUUAUUUUUGUAUCGAUUUGGUCUAAUGUAUCAAAAUGUAACGAAUGAUUUUCUGAAAGUAAGUUUUGUAAGUUCGUUGAAUAAGUUAAAGAGUGAGUUAAUAACUGCUGAAUAAAUAAAUAGAAUUUUCUACA